GCUGCUUGUUUGUGAGUGUGACGAAGUGGGACUGUUCUUAAUGUUUCCUCUGAAUAGUGUGGGUGUGCCUCAGUUUCCCCUAGGCAGUUCUUAAGUAUCUAGGGGGUGGGGUAAGGGUGUAUGAUCAUUGCAGAGCCCUAGAGGGCAGGUGUGUGCAGGAGUCUGGACACAGAGAAUGGCCGACACCCUGUUUCCUGGCAACUGAUGGCCUGGGCCCUUCCCCCCUGCAAGGUGAGAGCUAAAGGGUUGGAGAACAAAGGAAUCAGGUGACCACCUGGCCCGGGAAAGGAACAAAGCCCAGAGGAGGAGGGGCUGGAGGGGGUUUUCAGUUUGGGGCUGGCUGGGACAUGGAGUGAAGUGCAGACGUGGUUGUCUGGCUCACUGCCCCCAGAAUGGACCCAGCUGAGGGGUCCCGUUCUCUGCACCUGCAAGCUCUGUUUUAGACCAUGUUCCUGUCGUCUAAUAAACCUUCUGUUUUACUGGCUGGCUGAGAGUCACGUCUGACUGCGAAGUUGGGGUGCAGGACCCUCUGGCUUCCCCAGGAGCCCCGCCUGAGCAGACUCGCUGGGGGAAGCGCACGGAGGGGCAGAGGAUGCUGAAUGCUCCGAGGCCAGACCCAGGAAGGUGGAAGCUGUGUGAGCUGUGUGUCCUGAAGACAGGCUGCUCACAGAAAGGAGACUACCCCAGAGUCCUGACUGACUUCAUGGGGAGCAGUUCCAGAGCAUCGCCCAGGGACUCCGUGACAGCUGUUCCGUGCCCACUGCAGGAGGAAGGGCUGGCAGGAGGCGUCGGUGCUCUGCAUCAUUUACAGCUUUGUGGGCAGCAUGUGCAACACGAUCGGGGCACUCCUCGCCAAGCAGCUUACCAUCCAGGUCUUCACAGGGGCGUACAUGGUUGCUGUCGACAUCAUUCACUUCCUGCUGACUCUCUUUCCUGUCUGCGCGUCCAACCCCAGACCCGCACCAGAUCUGCCCGGCAGGAGGAAGAGGAGGAGGAGACAGGUGAGGAGCAGCCUCCUUGCCCUCGCUCUCCCCCUGUGCAUGGGCGCCGGCUGGUACGGCCUGGCCAUGGCUGCCUCAUCCUGCCCCGAGGAGUUCCACGGUGCACAGAGGAGACUGCUUGGGACGGUGCUUCAGGAGAACACGGAAGUGCUGGGCUUUGCUCUGGGGAUGCUCGCUGCGCUCAUCGCCUUCACGGCCAGGAUCCCCGCACUCUCUGGAGCGUGCAGAGGGAGGCUGUCUCCAGCGACCCAGCUCUGGGCCAGCAUCCCCUCGGCCCUGGCCAGCGUCCUGUAUGCCGCGGCCAUUGUGACUUACGACCAGCGGCCCGCGUACUUUGUGCGAGCCGUGCCCUGGCUCCUGCUCGCCCUGGGCUCUGCUGCGCUCGACGUGGCUAUCGCCUGUCUGUCCUGCUUGAUGAAAAGCCAGAUGAGCUGGCUGGGCCUUGGGGCUGAGGCAACCGAGACCCCGGACACGUGGGCGCUGCUGGCCCAGGCGGAGGAGGAGGAGGAAGAGCCGAAGGGAGCCGAAGAGGAAAAGGCCCCCAACUGGCUGCAGCUGAGCAUGUUCCCGGCCCCCCCGGCGCUCCGUGAGGGGGCUGCCGUCGGUCGCCGCCUGGAUCUCACCAUCGAGCAGGUGCAGCCGGCUGGCCGCGGUGCAGUGAGGCUGCCGGGAGAUGGACAGACGAGUGCUGCAGACCCCGCCCUGCCGAAGCCCCCUGCCUACCCUCCAGUCCAGGUCAUCCACGCCAAGCUCUCCCCCUCCAGCUCCUCAGUCGUCUCCUCCAUUAGCUCCGAGCUCGAGUGGGACUUCGAAGACAUGAAUCUUCAGUGGAACAGAAACAGCACCGAGGCGCCAACCAUCCAGCCCAGCCGCAGCUCGCUGCUGAAUGCAGGCUUCGGAUUUGAUGUGAACGCCUUCAAACAAACCGCAGCUGCUCUCAGACUGUGUGAUAAUGAUGGCCCCUGGGCAGAGAAAUCAUAGCAGGUAACUCAAGCAACCAGCAGAAGAAAGAUGCUGUGUAGAAGAUCCCUGGAGGUCCAGGCUACAGCAGUACUGUGGGCCAGAUCCGGGGGUGCAGCUGGUUUACUGAGGGCAGGGAGUGGGUGCAAAUGUAGCUCAAAUCUCACCUGUGUACUUCCCUGAUCCUGCUGCAGCUUUGUGCAGGGCGGCUUCUUCUGCACUGGGCUGGAGCAACCUGAAGGCCACUCAAACAGACCCUGUCUGCAAACAGCCCCAAGGAGCUGCAAACGUAGCUGGGAUUCAGAAUGGCCUGGAGUGUCCUGGCCACGGCCCUGUUCCUCUUUUCCCUGCUGCACUUGCAGUGGGGGCGGGGAAUGGCAGAAGAGCCCCAUAGUCAGCGUUCUUCUGCCAGAGACUCACUGUGACGCUGGGGCAACCCACCCCUGGCCCUUUUAAAAUGGGGGGGCUUACACUGACUGCACCUCACUGGGAAUGCUGCUGUGUCUGCACUAAUCAGGGCUGAAACGCUCCUAUUGCCUUGUGAGUAUAACUGACCCUUGUGGGGAGGGAGGGCAUGGGGGCAGUUUCCCCGCCCUGGCACCAUUUUAAGUCACGCAGCCCCGUAGCAAAGGUCGGGUUGGCCGUAGCCCAUCGAUCAGGGUUUCCAGCCCUGCUCCCCGAGCUUCAGGGAUGCACUUCUCACCGCGUCCCUGCUGGUGCCAGAAGGGGGAAUGUGCCCUGACAGGUCAGUAACAGGAGCGCGUCCAUCUCCCUGGCCGGAGUCGGGACUUCAGAGCUGCCAGUCCCAGGACAAAUUCAGAGGAGAAAUAACGUGCCGAUGUUUGACCACGAGGGUAACUGACCGGCGUUGCAGCGCUUCUCCAUUACAUCCAGAGAGGGUUUCUGGCCGAUCUGCUCUGGUUCAGCCCCGCCACUUGGACUGAGAGCGGGGAGUAGCUCAGGGGAGUCCUCGGGCCUGUGCUGGGCAGGUCACAACAGGCCCUUCUGGCCUGGGCAUCCCUGUGUGGCUCCUCUCAAACAGCAGAUUCAGACUCACCAUCCAGCGCCCUGGCUGGCGUGAGCGGGUGAAGCACAGACUGCCGGUGCUGCAUCACUUCCGCUAACAGUGCAUGUGGCCCCCUUUACAGGCCUCCCUUUAUCUGCCUGUAACUGGCCGGAUUCUGACCGGGCCUUGCCUACACGAGACAGGGUUAGCUGGUGUGGCGGGACAGGCAGAGCGACGCUGGCUCCCACCAGCUCCUGGCCCGGAAGAAGCUCUGCUGUUUCUGGGUUGCCUGCGCCCGCGCGAGGGUGGUUGCUGCCCAGGCUGUGUCAGCUGUGUGUGUGCGGGGGGGUUGUCACAGUCCCACUACCACAGCUGGGCUGGCCUUCGGCCUGGGAAAGAGCUGCAGCGGGACGCAGGUUUGGAAUCCCUGUUUCCUUGGCCAGUUGGGGUGCCCUGUCGCCCCGGGGGCCCCCCUCGUGCUCCGUAGCCUUGGUGCUGUGGGCUCUUGGUAUCACAGGGCCCCCGCACGCAGAUCACUGGUGUCUGAAAUACGGCUUGGUCGAGCCCCAAGCCCCCCUUUGUCUGCACCUUUUCGCGCCGCUCCUCCUAGCGCAGAGAGGCUGCUAGGAGUGGGAUCGCAGCCGGCCGGCGGGCUGCGCCCCAGGGAUAGCUGUGAGGGCUGAACGCUGGGGCGGGGCGCUGUUGUGACCCGAGAGGAUGGUGUGAGAAGCCGGCAGAACGCCUGUGUGCGCUGGGUGCGGCAAGGCGGGGGUGCAGCUGGGAGGUUUCAGGUCCCGCACUGCAGCGAACAGCAGGAGGGUGCGUCCCGCCCUGCCAUCUCCACUGUGUGAACGUGGAGCCAGCUCUGCGGCCGGGCAGGUGCUCAGGAAGAGGCGCUGGGGCAGAGGGGUAAUGCCCGGCUCGCUUCAGCUGGGAGGAGCCGGCCCAGGCAGGUGUGGGUGGGAAAGGCUCUCCUUCUCUGUUAUGCUGUUGGGUCUUAGAGCAUCACCUAUAGACCCCUAUAGACCGUUCCAGGCGGAGGGGUCACAGGCUCCCUUCGUCACAUUGCGGUGGGAGAUUGCCAUCCCAUGACCGUGUGCCCUGGCUGUUCUGCCCCUUCUGCUCCCCAGAGUCCCUCGCGGCUCUGCUCCAUUCCCACGGCAAAGCUGGAACCCCUCCGCUCUGCACCGCCACCCACAGGCAGCUGUGCCCAGGGCCCUGAGCCCAGGCUUGGGGCUUGUUGAGCACCAGGCCCGAGGAGCUGCUCCUGCGUACCAAAGGCACAGCAAACGGGAGGGCGGCCUUGCUGUGCAUUCCUAGGACACUGAGCUGCCCUCACCCUGGGGCUCCACUCUCCUCACCCCUGACUUCUGGGAAUGCAGCACAUGCGAGAAGACGACAUCUGACUAGAGCGCCUGGCCUUCUGUCGCUCACGAUCUGAUCUCGCAGCCCCAGCCUGCCUGGCGCUGCUCCUCUCCAGGUAGAUGACCCAUCUGGCAGCUGCCUCGGGCAGCGAACAUACACAGUUGUUCAGGGAGCGAGUGGCUGUGACCUGCGCUGGGUCAGACGCUCCUUUUGCUCAGAACAGCAAAACAUUCCCGAGCCAGUGCUGAUAAGAAACCUCCACAUUAAUAUUUCUAAUGGCUGGAGAUUAAUUGCCUGGUAGUAAAGCUCAGAAAUCCAGACAAUGCAAAGACUGGAAACCCAGGGAAAGGAAAUUCUUCUGCUGUAUUGCCUUUUCCUAUUCAGAUAAUGCACAAUAAAAUAUGAGCGUGCAAGUCAG